AUGUUUGCUUCUAAGAAUCUGGAUUCACGGUUUAUCUGCGCAAGGGUCCAACAUUAUUCCCAGGGCUGCGGAAGCUCAAAUCUGACCACACUUCAGUUCUGGAUUGCGAUGAGGUCUUGCCUGUGGGAAUUUUACUACUAUUCGAUUCAUACUUUCGUGGCUCACUCGCGCAACCAACAAAAUCUUACCGUACCGCCGGUGCAUAAUGACCCGAGUGGAGAGGUCCCGCCACUUCAGUUCUCCGAUAGUGGGUAG